AUGUGGCAGCAUUUUCAUUUUCUCGCCCCGCGUCGCGGUUCCAAAUCUCUCUCUCUUGCUCGCUCGCUCUCUCUCUCUCUCUCUCGGUGCGGGGCGGGAUCUCUGUUUGAUCAGCUCGCACCCGUGGCCUGGAUCCCACACAACCGGACCACUCGCCUCUUUGUCUCUGAGCACGGUCCAGGACAUACAGCCAUGGGCAACUCUCGGCGCGGAUCACGCCGCGACAGUGUGCAGGCCACGCGCCCCUGGAACGUCUCCUUUGUUGACCAGGGCAAUGCCAUGAUCAACGCCGAUGGGCAGCGCAUUAAGCGGCGCCAGUGGCGGACCCCAGAGAUGCUGGCUGGUGCACCUCCCAAAGCCAUUGUGUUCUUUUGCCAUGGCUUUGCGGACCACUCGGAACGCCAGACCGUUCUUGCUGAUCGUCUGACGCCACACAAUAUUUUCAUGGCGUGCCACGACCACGUGGGACACGGACGCAGUGAUGGCUACCCCGCCCACGUUGAUGACUUUGACGUUUACAUCCGAGAUGUGAUUGAUGCAACUGUCCCGCCAUUCGCCCUGACCCAGCCACUGCUGGACCAAUUGUGGUACGUGGGCACCGAUGGCGCUCACAUUGGUCUCGCCAAGAUUCUGGCCGCCAUCAACCCCCGCAUUGGUGUCAAGAAGCUCUCGCCCGACUACAUGAGUCGCAACCAGGAUACAAUCGACGCGUUCCGCAACGAUCCUCUCACCUACAAGGGCAAAGCCUUGGCUGGUUGGGGCGUGCAGAUUCUCAAGUCCAUGUUGUCUCUUGAGAGCCUGCUGCCGACGUUUACUGCUCCUCUAUUGGUCAUGCACGGUGGUGCUGACAAAGUUACAUCACUGGACGGCUCUGAGUUUUUGGUGGAGAAUGUGGGAUCGCAAGAAAAGGAACUGAAGGUGUAUGAAGGCAUGUACCAUGACCUGAUGCAUGAACUGCCUGAAGACACCGACAAAGUGUUGGACGACAUGUGUCAUUUUAUCCGUUCCCAUAUUCCUGGUGAAAUGCCAGCCAAGUCGCAAGAACCCACGCCAGUGGUGCCCAAAGAGACAGAAGUCGCCGCAGCCGCUGAACCGCAGCAGGAGGAAGGCCCUGUAGCCGCCGAGCAGCAGGAGGAAGUCCCUGUAUCUACCGAGCAGCAAAAGGAAGCCCCUGUAUCUACUGAGCAUCAAAAGGAAGCUGCACCCGCAGCCGCCGAGCAGCAGGAGGAAGCCCCUGUAGCUACCGAGCAGCAGGAGGAAGCCCCAGUAGCUACCGAGCAGCAGGAGGAAGCUGUGCCAGUCACAACUGUCAGUGCCAAGGGAAAGACUCAGGUCUAUGUCUGA